AAGCAACUUCCACCUAUUUCCGGGUACUCGUGCUAUUUGACCAUCAGCUAGCGGUAUCGUAUCAAACUGACAAAACACACAUCAGUUUUUCGUGUUAUACCCACCAGGAUGCAGAUUUGCAGCGUGUGCAGCGAACAUUUGCCAAAAUACAGAUGUCCAGUCUGCAAAAUAAGAUAUUGUUCCCUUGGCUGUUACAAGCGACAUAAAGACACUUGCCUCCCUGUUGUGCAGCCCCCACCCGCUGUUCCUGAAGUGAAGGACGCUUUGGACACCGAGCCUUGGUCAGUGGAGGAUCUUCUGCAUGAGGAUGACGUCAUUGACAAAGUGCCUCUGCAGAGGCUCCAGCUGUUAGGUCAGUCAAAAGAGCUGAGAGAUCUCCUCUGCAACCCUCACCUGAGACGGUUACUGAGCUCUGUGGACAGUGCAGACUGCAAAGACGACGUGAUGAAGGCUGCGAUGCAGGAGCCUCUGUUUGCUGAGUUCUCAGACCUGUGUUUGAAAGUUGUAGAAAAUGAAGCGAAAUCAUUUACGCCUAACGAAGCUGGUGAUUUCUAAAAAAAAAAAAACUGUCCAGAUUUCUUUACUUUACGGAUCGUUUUGUGAUGAUUAUUUUUGCAGGAGGAAAAGUAAUUUUUUAUUUUUAUAUAAACCUUUUUGAUUGGCCACUACAUGUGGUAUAUCUGCUGUCAUGCCUUGUCAUGUUACACUAUGUACAGCAUAUAGUGUUUUAAUAAAUCUUCAAACAAUUAAAAAAAUGACUGAUUCAACACUUACGGAUUUACAGUUUAAAUAAUAAAUAAAAUGUAAUAUUUUAUAACA